AUGGUGUGUCAGACAUACCGAACUCGGGAGAGAGGAGGCUCUAUAGUCGUUUUUGCGGUGACCGUGGUCUUUUUAGCUAUAAUGCAACAGGCCACAACUUUUCCCACUUGGAGACUAGAGGAAGAAGCUUAUACGUCCGGCGUUUUGAUCAUUGGGAUUCGAAAAGAUGCGCGCUCCCAGGUGCUCCAUCUGUCCAGGAACAAGCGCUACACCCUCACGCCGGAGAAGCUGAAAUGGGACAAAUUCAAGCUAACGUACAAACUUCUGUCCUUCCCCAGAAAUCUGAUAAACGCUAGCGACACGCGCCGGGGCAUCGCCAAAGCUUUUGCCAUGUGGAGCGACGUCUCGCCUUUCAGCUUUAGAGAAGUACCCGCGGACCAGGAGGCGGAUAUUAAAAUCGGUUUCUACCCCAUGAACCAUACCGACUGUCUGCAGUCCUACGUCCACCACUGCUUUGACGGCAUUACCGGCGAACUCGCUCACGCCUUCUUCCCUCCCACCGGAGAGAUCCACUUUGACAACGACGAGUACUGGAUUUUAGGAAAUAUGCGUUUCAGCUGGAAGAAAGGGGUGUGGCUCACCGACCUGGUCCACGUGGCAGCCCAUGAGAUCGGCCAUGUUCUGGGCCUCAUGCAUUCCCAGAAUCCCAUAGCACUCAUGCAUCUGAACGCCACCCUCACUGGCCGUAAACUCAUCACGCAGGACGACGUCUGGGGGCUGCAUCGCCUCUAUGGAUGUUUGGACAGAUUAUUUAUCUGUCCCGCCUGGGCCAGGAAAGGCUACUGUGAGAGCAAACGAAUCCUGAUGCAGAAGCACUGCCCCUCCAGCUGUGACUUCUGUUACGAAUUCCCUUUUCCAACCGUCGCACCCACUCCCAAACCACCACGGACCAAACAGAAACUAGUGGCCGAAGGAAAGAAACUCACCUUUCGCUGCGGGAAGAAAAUCGCCGCAAAGAAGGGCAAAGUGUCCUGGUAUAAGGACGGUGAGCUGCUGGAAUUCUCUCAUCCUGGCUACAUCUCGCUGAAAGAGGACCACAUCAACAUCAUAGCCAACGCCAUAAAUGAGGGAACAUACACCUGCAUCGUGCGGAAGAAGGAUAAGGUGCUAACCAACUAUUCGUGGAGGGUACGCGUCCGCUUCUGACCAGACUGGAGUCGCCUGCAAAGGGGUGGACUCUUGUUAACGCCAUGGCAACAGGGAGUAGCGCAGGCCACAGUCCGAAACCUUGGCCCUCGUCUCAGUGACCUUACCGACCUUUCUCUCCGUUUCCGUGACUGCUGGUCCGAAAAGCCCGAGGAGAUGAUGGGAACGCGACAG